AUGGGUUGUUGCUUGUUGAGCGGAAAUUAUUAUUUAUUGAUGGCGGUACUCUUUCAAUUGACUGUGAGCAUUUCAGGCUUGAAGGAUCUGGUCUUUCACGAGGGAUUUCAGCGUGAAAAUAUUCCAUCGAGUGAGGAAUGGCGAGAAGAGACACUCGUCGGACCGGAUGGAUUUCGAAUGCGAAUAGCGUAUCGAGUGGUUUGCGAUCCGAACUACUAUGGACCCGUUUGUAAUGCUUUUUGCCAACCAAUUUCCACUACCAUUGGUCAUUUCCAGUGCGCAUCAAAUGGCUCAUUGGUUUGUAAAUCUGGAUGGACAGGCAGAGAUUGUGAUAUAGGUUAG